AUGGAUUACGCGAAAAAUUAGAACAUUGAAGAUGCAGACUUUGAAAGGCAUUUCGAUGAAUCUGUGGAGAGUCCUCUCUUUCAUAAGCAUAAAAGCAAUUUAGAUUAUAAGUAAUUGAGUCCUGUCAGCUUUAAGGACUAGGAAUUAGAUCCUAAUCAAGGAAGCUUACCAAAGAAAAAGAAAUUAUACCUAUUAAUGAGACAGGCAAACAAGAAUGAUUUUCAUGACUAGAAGUAUGCAUAGUCUUUUGGCAAGUAGCUAUCACAAGGUUCCUCUAUAUUUAAACUGGGGAGUGGAGCUACUACUCCAACUCAUCCUAGUCAACCAGCAUUAAGUCUUUAGAAUAAAGCUAUGACUGGUAAGAAUAGCGAACUAAACACAUAUGCCUAGAAAGGAAAGGAUUAAAACAUGUUAAUGGUUGCAAAGUAGCCAGAUGUUGAUCGUAGAUAUUCUCAUUAGAAGAUCAACAAGCAAGAUUUAAUGGUAGUCAGGAAUUUCAGUGAAGAUAUGAACUAUACAAGCAAUAAGAGCUAAUAAAACAACAAUAAUAAUACAAAUAAUCACAACAAUAAGAAGGAUGAAAAUGAAAUAUAUAAGAAUUUAAAGAGAGAUGAUAAAGGAGGGAUUGUCAGUAGAUCAGUCGUAGGUUCAUCCGAUUUAAUGUAGUAAAUAAUACAGUCAAAGCAGCCAAAGGUUCUGGAGAAUUAAGUUACUCAAAGCAGUUCCUAAAGAAUUAAAAAUCAGCUGUUUCACACUCAACAAACUGGAGGUCAAAUGGCAGCGAUGAGAAGAGUCUCAACAUUAAAUCCUAAUAUUCAAGGAGCACUCUCAUUCCCACUAGCCUUAUUUGCUCCAAAUCUAAGUCAGGAAUUUGAUAUUAACUAGAAAUAACCUGACCUCUAGUCUGAUAAAUCUCAAAAUGGCUCUGCUCCUAAGUAAUCAAUUCAAGCCAUUGUAUCAACUUCAAACAAGCAAGGUGUGACAGCUUAAUUACAAAAGAAACUCUUGAAUUCAGAUUUUAUUAAGGACAAUUUUUCCGCUUCAGGAGACUUUCUGCAGCACAAACAUUUUUCAACAAUCAAAUCACGCAUUUAUACUGCUUAGUUUGAGGAUGAAAGGAAUCUGGAAAAACACAGUGAGAUUCAAAAUGUAUGGGCCAGCUAGGAAAAGUUUCUUAAUAAGAGAGUUAUGAGAAAUUGUAAGAGUAGCUGUUCACUCAUGAGGGCGCAAGAUAUAUUCCGUGGAAAGUAGCUCUUCCUUGAGAAAGUGUCCAGUUCAAAGGAAUUGAUAAAUGGUUUCUCAGAGAACGACUGGUAUGGAUCGCUAAGGGAAGAUUACCAAGUACUUGAAAAUUAGAAAACAAACACUUGGAAAACUCUCUGGGCCAAUAAGGAAAGUGAGACUGAAUCUAAAUUUAACCAGAUUAAGACAAUGGAACCUAAAGAAGUAAAAACUAGUGGUUACACACACUUGAAUUCAAGGACACCUUUAAAUUUUCUCUGUUCUACUGAUCCGAAGCCCGCAUGGAAGGUAUAACUUGAUAAGAAAACUAAUCAAUAUAAGUAGAUUUUAAGAGCUAAUAUGAAGUCUAAUUACUAGUAGGCAAGACCACAGGGUUAAGCGUUUGGAAUGACAGCUACUUCUAUAAACGAUCAAAACUUUCUUCAAACUACAAUUAAGUCUUAUGAUCAAAAUAUUUAAGAAUGGAUUGAAAAACCUGUAUAAUUUUUGUAGCCUUAUAUUGAGGAUGUAAUUGACUCAGUCAACAUUGCUAAGAUUGAUUACAAGCAAUUUAUAAAGUAGCUGAAGCAGUAUUGUAUGGACUCAGAUAAAAAUUUGAGUCAAAAUACUGUAAACUAAUUCUUUGGAAUUGAGGGAAUAUAGGGUCAGAGUAAAUUAAACAUAGAAAAGAAUUCUAAUUUGGGAUAGUUUAUUAAGAAAAACAUGAGAUACUUUAUCUAAACUAAUUUUGGUAAUCUCCUGUCUAAAGAUGAUCCAAAGUAGAUGAAUCAACAGAAUCAACAGCAGGCUAAUAGCAUGAAUAGAUCUCCUAGUCUUACAAAAAUGCGUACAUUGAGCUCAAACAAUAACAGUACUAUAAUUCAACAUAAAAGCAAACCUUCAGUUGACAUUCAAUCUGAAAAAUCCCUUCAUAUAAGAAACAGUGACAAAAGAGUUAGUAUUAACAAUCAUAUAAAUGUCGAUGACAAUUACAGCAAUAAUCAGAGAAAGGAUCACCAAGAUGACGAAGAAGAGUAUAUUGAGGUUAAUUAUAACCCCAAACAUUUUUACAAAUGA